AUGUGCCCCCCUGGUCACCCUCCUACCAAUUUAAGCCACAUUGUGAUCGGAAUGGUCGGCUCUGUCAACACAUUGAAGGACAAAACAGCUUACAUGGAAGCAUGGUGGCGGCCUAAUAUCACCCAAGGAUACCUCUUUCUGGAUAGAGCUCCUACUGCAGAGUUUUUGCCUUGGCCUUCAUCUUACCCUCCUUUUCGUGUCAAUGAGGACGUCGCUAAAUUAAAACUGUACUCGAAACUUGUGAAUCCGGUACAAGUGCGAAUAGUUCGUUCUAUUUUGGAGUUAUUUAGAGAAGACAAAGAGGCAAGAUGGUAUGUAAUGUCGGAUGAUGACACCAUUUUUAUGGUUGAUAAUUUGGUUGAAGUUCUGGCAACGUAUGACCAUACCAAGUACCAUUACAUCGGUACGAGUUCGGAAUGUGUAAAAUCUAAUUUUGAUUUUUCAUUCGAUAUGGCUUAUGGUGGCGCUGGUUAUAUUUUGAGCAACCCUCUGGUUGCAGUAUUGUCAACAAAGUUGGACGAAUGUAUUGAGAGAUAUUCAUACUCCUGGGUUAGCGACUUUACAUUACAUGAAUGUUUAACCGAUUUAGGAGUUUCUUUAACUCAAGAACAGGGACUUCACCAGAUUGAUCUCCAUGGUGACAUAUCAGGUCUUUUAUCUUCUCACCCUCAAUCUCCAUUCCUCUCCCUCCACCACCUCGAUACAAUUGACCCAAUUUUCCCAUCCAUGAACCGGUCUGAGUCCAUUAACCAUCUCAUGAAAGCGGCAAAAGUUGAACAUUCACGUCUGCUUCAACAAACAAUAUGCUACCACAGACCAAGCAAUUGGUCUUUCUCAAUCUCAUGGGGCUAUUCUGCACACAUAUACGAGAAUAUAAUCCCCCGGAGCAUUUUACGGAGGCCCAUCGAGACAUUCUUGCCCUGGAAGAAGAACGCAAGACUACCAUUUUACAUGUUCAAUACCAGGUGGCGCUCCAGCGAUCCAUGCCAAGCUCCGCAUGUGUUUUAUUUUGAUUCUGUUGAUCAGAGUGUUGAAGGAACCAAGACUGUUACCACAUAUUCAAGAGUAGCUCCGCGUGGUCUGGCGUCGUGUUCUUCAAGUGGUAACCACUCUGCGGAUUCCAUGACCAAAAUUGAGGUCUAUUCAUCUCUAGAAUUCCCCUUGGAGGUGGGUGGAAAGGAAUGCUGCGACGUAGUAGAUGCAGAUGAUAUGAACACUACUCGAGUAAUGUAUAGGCCAUGCAUGGAAACUGAAUUUAUCGCAUAA